AUGUUCGUAGUGGUCCUUUUCAUACAGGUUGUAGCCGGGAACGUCUUUGCGGAAAGCAGCUCUAGGCGAGUUCCGGAAAUAAUGGAAAGAAGCGGAUUAUGGAAAACCUACACGAUAUUUGACCCCUGCAACUUGAAAAAACCUGGGAAACGAACAGUAAGCUGUGCCCAGUUAAAAAGAGAGGGAAAUCAUGAGAGCGGUUAUUACUCGAUCGCUCCUCACAACCAAUUCCUGGUGUGGUGUGACAUGGAUACCGACGGCGGCGGAUGGACAAUAAUCCAACGCCGGUCCGAGAACGAGAAGGGUGACGCCAGAUUCGAGAGAUCCCGGGAAGAAUAUGAAAGAGGAUUUUACGGAGACGUGUCUUCGUACUGGAUAGGAAACGACAAUCUUCAUGCCCUUACGAGCCAUCCAGAUAAAGCACAAGUGCUCAGGAUUGAACUGACGAAAGAGAAUGAACAAACUAUUAUUGUAAGAUACGGCAAAUUUACAGUCGGUUCCAAAUACGACGGCUACGUGCUGACCUGCGGAGAUUACUCGAGCCCUAACGGUACUGGUUACGACGGGCUGACGCUCCACAGUGGAUACCCGUUUAACGUCAUGAAAGAAAGCAGUUCGAGAGACCUUUGCUCAAAAUCACGACUUAGUGGUGGCUGGUGGUUUUCACCUUUUGGUUGCAUCUCUUCGAAUCUUAAUGGGCGUAAAUUCAAUGGUAGUGUUCCGCAAGAUAACAUGGGCCAUGCUAUUACGUGGUACGUGAGAUACGAUCGGAGUUCCUCACAAAUUCUCUACGAAAGUGUGGAGAUGAAGGUCAGGGAUGCCGAUUAUGAAUUCUGUACGGGCAAAAUGGCAAAAUAA